AUGACCCACACGUCCAAGCAUUACUUAUGCCUCGUUGCGUUCCUGGUCUUCUCACUGGUCGUACAAGCCGCCAACCCUGCGAUCAUCACACUCAAGCCGAAGGACAUGAAGGCGCACGACUUUGUCGAGUUCCGCUUCGGAGGCCUCGAGAACGAGAUUGUCCAUCAGGUCGAUUUUGAAGUACACGGCGCAGACCCGAACGUCAUGUUCGAGGUGGUCAGGUGGAAGAAUGUCGUAUCGGGCAAGGAGGGCAAUCAGACAUUGCAGGCGGGGAAAGCGGGAGCGAUCCCGGCAGCGAGGCUACUCGGAACCGAGCUCGGUACCAACUCCUACACGGGACAGAGUAGGCGCACCUACAGUAUAGAGAGUGCGACGCCUGAGUGGCGAGAUCCCAGGCCGUACUGCAGGGGCUGUAUGGCAGGUCAAUGUGGCGGACCAAGUGUGGCAGUGCAAAUGGACCAUGGAGGCUAUGUAGGAACUGUAGGAAGUCCUACAUAG